AUGGCCAAAUCCUCAACCCUCACCCUCCCAGAAUACAUCGACCGCUCCGCCCUCCUCCUCAAAGCGCGCCCACAAACCACAAGAAUAACCACAACCUACCAUGCCUCAGCAAAAGUCAACGACUCACAUCUCACCGUAAAAACCUUCGACCCAGUAUCUGGAACAUGUAUCAAAUACACCACGGAUCGUGCUGCGGAGGUUGGGAGGAUCAUGAGUGCGUUGGGGAGUUUGGGGCGGUAUAUGGUGUCGAGUCAAGCACAGGCUCGAGAGGAUGAAGAUGUCGUGAUGGAGGAUGCAUCGGUGGAGCAGGCGGAGGUCGUACCGCCCGCAUCUUCUUCUGCGCCGGGAACGGGGACGGCGACGCCUGUACAGGCAACAACUGACCCAAAACCCAAGGGAAAGAAGAAGAAGGGAAAGCGAUGAGCAUUGAACGAUUGAAUCUAUGGGAGACGCGACGUACGUCGACGCAAGCAGCGCAAGUAACUGGAUGUUGGCAGGACACGAAUUGGAGCGCGCAAAAGAUACCAUGGGAGAGACAGAAAGAAGGAUUCUUGACGAAGAGGCUCAGCGGUAUACUCGACGGCUAUUGACAAUUUACAUUUCCUUGCUCCC